CAAUUGCUGUAUGAAAGAGGUGUUUCCUUUGCUAUUUAUUGUACUGUUGAGGAUCGGGCUAGGCUCGUCUGACGCAGAUCACCUCUCCCCGGCCAGUUUACGAGAAGUCUUCAAAGAUAUAGCUGCAAGAUGUCGAAAGAUGUCCCACGUGAGCCGGAGCAGCUUCGCAAGCUGUUUAUUGGUGGUUUGAGCUUCGAGACCACAGAUGAAAGCCUCCGGGCUCAUUUUGAGCAAUGGGGAGGGCUUACAGAUUGUGUGGUUAUGCGGGAUCCCAACAGCAAGCGAUCCAGGGGCUUUGGCUUUGUCACAUACUCAUCAGUACAGGAAGUUGACGCCGCCAUGUCUGCCCGCCCCCAUAAGGUUGAUGGAAGAGUUGUUGAGCCUAAGCGAGCAGUAUCAAGAGAAGACUCAAACCGUCCAGGUGCCCAUGUAACAGUGAAAAAGAUUUUCGUGGGUGGCAUUAAGGAAGACACAGAGGAGGCCCACCUGCGAGAUUACUUUGAACAGUUCGGUAAAAUUGAAGUCAUUGACAUCAUGACUGAUCGUAAUACUGGAAAGAAAAGGGGCUUUGCCUUCGUGACGUUUGAUGACCAUGAUUCUGUCGACCGGAUCGUCAUCCAGAAAUACCACACAAUAAACUCCCACAACUGUGAAGUAAGGAAGGCCCUCACAAAGCAGGAAAUGCAGACUGCGGGUAUGGGAAUGCGAGGUCGCAGCAGUGGUGGAAGGCCCUAUGAAUACGACAGAGGCUUUAAUCAGGGUGGCAGGGGUAGAUAUGGUGAUGGUCCUUACAACUGCAAUGGAGGCGAUGGUGGCUAUGGUGGUGGCCCUGGCGGCCCUGGUGGAUAUAAUAAUGGUGGCAACCGUGGGUAUAACCAAGGUUACAACCAGGGUGGCGGCGGUGGUGGUGGAGGCUAUGGAGGAAAUGGUUAUGACAGCAAUGGCUAUAGUAACUGCGGCGGAGGUGGUGGUGGUGGAAAUACCUAUAGUAACAUGGGCCACUACGACCCCCAGGCCUCCAACUUUGGCCCAAUGAAGAACAACUUCGGCGGUGGUGGUGGUGGCGGCAGGAACUUCGGGGGCUAUGGAGGGGGCUCAAACAAUGGUGGAUAUGGCCGUCCAGGACGAUUCUGAAAUGUGAAGUGGACUGAGUACUUAGGAGAGGAGAGCAAGGAGAGGAGAGCGAAGUGACAGGGCAGCUGCAGGUUUACCUCCUAAAUCUGCUCAGCCAAACAGUUGUGGCAGGUUACAGCUGCUGCAAGAAGAGAUGUACAGUAGAUAAAUCAUGGAGGGUCUUCAUUUAAACGUGUUUCUCAUCAAUGUGUUUCUGGAAAGCAAGCAUUCCAAUAAGGUUUUAUGUCGAUUUUUCUUUAAGUCUGGUUUUUAUUUGUAACUGCAUCAAAUCAAGCUGAAAUAAAGCAUCUUUCAGUUUUUUUUAAAAAAA